GAAGCCAUGAGUCUCGUCGAGAAGUUGGAUGCUGUGCAGAUUCAGAGCUACAUUGAUUAUCAGAAAGAGCCGUACUUUAAGAAUAGCCCUGGUGAUCCAGCGACGUCGAUUGACGAGAAGCAUGCUCAGUGGGCCCUCAAUUUGUAUUACAAGCACGUGCGUGAAUUUCUCGCCAAGCAAUCGCUUGAUGCCAGGACAUUUGCUCACCGGUUUGCCCAGUCAACGUUCAUCCCGCUGAUCUCCCCGCAGUCGAUCGGCGACGGGGAGAAGAAGUUGGAGUCGCUGGACAAGAAUUUGUGGUCAGCUUGGGAGGAGAUUGCUGAAGUCGUCGAACUCAGCGGGGCGGACGCUCAUGAUAGCUUCAGGGAGUUUUCGGAGGAGGACUAUUUUCGCAUUGUGCGCGAGACAUGCGAUGCGGGUGCGCGCCAGAACGCGGGGACUGGCCUGGGCGCGACCGUGGCGUUUCGGCCGAUGGUGAACCCGGGGUUCGGAGUUUCUGCAGGCGAAGCAGACGAGCGUAAAACAUUCCUUCUGAAGGCAUCCGCGACUGAUCAUACUUUCGCCGUGCAGGGCGUCACGGAGCAAUACAGCGAGCAUGUGCAAUCGCGCACGGCCAAGCAGAGGAGAAUGCUACCAUCGGAGCCACCAGAAAAGUUUGCGGCACCCCGGUACUACGCCUUGUUGCGGGAUAGCAUUUCUGAGGUUCGUCCUGGGGACUCUGCUCCCCGACACGCCGAGGAGAGCGCCGUGGCUCAUGGGUCGACGCAGCUGUCAGAUGCGGCGUCGCCUUCUGGUUUGUCUGGCAUUGAUCUGAUUCUCUCAGGGCAGGCGUUUGGUCCGGCUUCUUCGGCGCCCGAAGAGAUUGCCCACAAAUCUGCGCUGGCAUUUCUCCAGUCUUCCGAGGAGGGUGGCAGGUGUCAUUUUCAGGGCGUUUUGAUUGUAUGCGACAAUAGUCCUCGCGAUGUACAUUACGCGGAGGGUUCUCCGCGGAAGCGCAAGGAUCCGUUCUCGGAAGGGAAGGCGGCCGACGUGGUCAUGGUGGACAAGACGGGGCCCAUCAGCGCGUGCUUAUGGGGUGACGUCGCUGAAGAUAUCUGCAGCAUCUGGCGCGCUGUACAGGAGCGUCGCCAGCGGGGCGAGGUUGCUCCGUGCGUCGUGGACCUGUCUAUGGUUCGCAUCCAGGGGGCGGGGAAGAACAAUUGGAACGGGGAGUUGCUGACGCGAGUUCGUUCGUUGACGUCGAUCGAAGCUGUCGGCGGGGAGAUGGGCACGACGGCGCAGGUUCUGUCUCGACCGACGUCGGACAAUCUCAUCAAGAUGAGUUAUGCGGUUCCACCUUCGGAUUGCUGCGUUUCCGUGUUUCGAUCUCUCCGCGACAUAUUGAACCCUCCAUUUCGGUUGUCGGUGAGAGGUAAAGUCAUGGAUCUGCGGUCGUUGGAGAUGUCGCAAGGGGGGAACGCGAAACGGAUAUUUGAUAUAGUGGACAACAGUGGCCUCUAUUUCACUUGCUGCGCCAUGAAGCACAAUGCGGAGUCCCAGGCGCUGCGGAACUUCCAGGACGUCGCGGUCUACUACGGGACAGGCCGCGGGGCCAUUGGCAAUUCCAAGGGCAUGCUUUAUCUUUUGAAGGAUGCAAUGAUAAUCCCCAUCGGCCAGCCUGCUAUGUUGGGCACUGCGAAAACCGAGCAGCUUACUAUCCAGUGA